AUGCUUCGCUUUCAGUUCUUUUUGUUUCUUCUUCUGCCAUGGAUAGCCUCGGCUGGUCCGAUCUCUCGCUGGCUAUCCCGGUCAUUGGAGGCACCUGAUCCGACUUCUUUCCCCCUGUUGCCUGAUCUCGAACGACGUGAAGCUGGGGGUAUCACGGAAAUCACGCCUUUGGCGGCACCUACCCACCAACCGUUCACGGACGAAGAGCCAAUACUAACCAUCACUCAAAAGCCAACCACAACUCAUGAGAUCACCAGUCAGGAGUCAACUACAAGCCAUGUACCGACUACAAGCCAUGUGCCGGCUACCACUCAACAGCCAACUACAAGUCAAGUGCCAACCAUUACCUCUCAUACGUCCACUAUGACUCGGCAAUUCAUAUCCUCGUCCACAACCCCAGGAAUACUGCGUUCAACGUCCAUAACUAGUUCAUUAUCUACCUAUAUUCCAGGCUCAACGUCUUCCCUUGAUUCCUUGGUGAUACCGAGCUUAGCUCAAUCUUCAUCGGCUGAACUUCUGGGUGGAGUAAGCAGCCUCAAGGCUACUACAACCACACCACCAAUCUCGACUUCUACGACCAUACAGCCAGCGACUGUUCCUACAGUGCCCACAAGUAGCAGCCUGGCUAUUGGAGCUAUUGUACCUCAAGGAGCAAGCAGCAUCAAUCCUUCCACGUCCACACCAGUGAUCCUAACAUCCAAUGCCAUCCAGUCAGCAAAAGGUACACAGACAAAAUCUACAUCACUACAGCCUCCCACGUCGGGAUCCAAGCCAGUGUUGACCGUAACCGAGCCUGUGAUCGUAUAUGUGACCAAAGGAGCACCAAGUCCUUUCUCAACAAGCGUCAUCCAUCACACACCCAGUGUCAACAACUCACCGGUGUCGUCAGCAAAACCAACGGUACAACCGCCUGCUGAACCGACAACUACAUCUUUGAAUUUUGUGACUAUACAUUCCACCGCAACGUCGGUCGUUCGUGUGACUAUUUACCCAACAUUGCCAUCACCUGUUUCUUCAUCUUCGGUCUUGCCGUCCUCAACUGGGAGCGCCCCGAGUGUGAAUGCAGCGCCUAUGGAGAUUGGUUAUGCCAGUGCAACGUCAGUUGUUCCUAUGGCCGUCAACUCGACAACACCAUCGCUUCCUUCUUCGUCUUUGUUGUCAUCCUCAAGUGCGAUUGCUUCUAUGGUGACAGUCCGUGUCACUUCCACAAGUGUUGUUCCAGUAACCGUUUAUUCGACAACAUCGUCAUAUGCUCCGUUGUUGCCAUCCUCAAGUGAGACUGCUCCACUUGAGACUGCCCCUGUUGUGACAGCCCGCGUCACUUCCACAAGUGUUUUCCCAGUGACUGUUUACUCGAGUAUAUCCGCUCCAUUGAUGCCAUCCUUGAGUGAGACUGCUUCACUUGAGACUGCUCCUAUUGUGACAGCCCACGUUACAUCCACAAGUGUUGUUCCUGUAACCGUUUAUUCGACCACAUCGGAACCUUCUAUUGUGUCUUCGUCAUUGCCUUCCUUAACUGAGACUGCUCCUGUUGUGAUAGCCCACGUCACUUCCACUUCCACAUCUGCUACCUCAACCUCCAAACCAAACCAAGGGAUACUUACUGUGAACCCGGUUACGCCGUCUGGCUUUAUCACGAUCACUGAGACCCAGAUUAAGACAAAAACGGUGACAGAUCGCAUUACUGAGACUGUUACUGCCACUGUUACUCGGGAUUAA